AAUAAUAUAUUAACAGCGUGUCUGUGAACAUAUAAGCUAACACGCAUGUAAACAUAAUAAAAAAUAAAUAAACGGAUGUGAUGACGACCCCCCCGGUCGGCUGGUGAAGAGGAGCGCAUGCGCACCGUGAGCAGUUCCUGAGAACAUGGAGGUGUCCGUCGGUGGUCCGAGCUUCAGGAGCUCCAGCUUCGUGUUCCCGGACGGUUCGGUGGUCGGAGACCUUCUGACCCGGUUCGUCCAGCAGCAGGAUUUCUAUGUGGUCAGAAAUGGUCGGCGGUCGGACCUCCAGGAUCCUCUGCAGCAUGGAUCCGUCUACCACCUGGAGCCGCGGCUCAAAGGAGGGAAGGGAGGUGAGUCCAGUAGAUGGUCCGGUCCAGUCAUGUUUGAGCUCCAGGCUGAAGGUAAAUGUGUUCUAGGGUUCGGCUCCAUGCUGAGAGCUCUGGGCGCUCAGAUAGAGAAGACCACCAACCGCGAGGCCUGCAGAGAUCUGAGCGGCCGACGGCUGCGAGACGUCAACCACGAGAAAGAGAUGGCGGAGUGGCUGAAGCAGCAGGCUGAGCGGGAGGCUGAGAAGGAGCAGCGUCGUCUGGAGCGUCUCCAGAGGAAACUAUCGGAACCCAAACACCAGUUCAGCGACCCGGAGUACCAGCGGCAGUGUCACGACCUGUCGGAGAGACUCGAGGACUCAGUGCUCAAAGGCCUGCAGGCAUCCUCCAGCAGCCAGGUGAGGAUGGACGCUGUCUCAGCAGCCAAGAGACCAAACCAGGACCAGAUCCAGCAGCCGCCCAGCAAGAAGAAGAAGGAGGAGGAGAAGAUGGCUGGUUUCUGGACUGGUGUGGGCGACCUGGAGGAGCUGCUCAGCUCAGAGGAUGAAGACGAAGAGUCUCCGUCCACGUCCUCGUCCAGCUUUGGAGCUGCUGCUGUCACCAUGACAACGCACAGACAGGAGGCGGAGCCUGAGAGCAGCGACAGAAAUCUUCUCUUCCAGCUCAUCUCCAGAGUCUGGGAGCAGCUCAGAGAACCAGAGACCCCUAGAGUCCUGCAGGGACCAGAGACCCCCAGAGUCCUGCAGGGACCAGAAACCACCAGAACCCUGCAGACCAUCAGGGUCUCAGCAGGUGGAUCUGUCCUCAGUGUCGUCCGUUCAGCAGCUGGAGUCUCUGGGUUUGGACGUCCUGAAGGAGGAACUGAUGUCUCGGGGGCUGAAAUGUGGGGGAACGUUGUCGGAGCGUGCCGCCCGGCUGUUCUCUGUCAGAGGACUGAGUCCAGAUCAGAUAGAUCCGGUGUUGCUGGCUAAACCUGGCAAGAGCAGGAGGAAGUGAAGCAUUGCCCUUCAUCACCUCCACCUGCUGCCUUCUACCCCUGAGGAGGACAGGAAGCUCCGGGACAGGAAGUCUGACAGAUGAACUUCCUGUCCUGUUCCACAGCUUCCUGUCUGCCUCAGGAAAUUUGAUCUGGAACCGCAAUCAGAAUGAUCGUCCUUUAGUUUGAGAUUUCCUGUUUUUCCUGAUGUGAGAUCUUAAGUUUUAUGUUUUAAACCUUAUUCUAGCAGAACAUGAACAUCUUUUUCUUUAAAGUGUUUGAUUUGUCCAGAACAUCACAUUUCUAGUCAUCAUCUUGAUGGAUUUCCUGUCGAAGUCGAGUUCUUCUAUUAAAAUCUGUGAAACAAAACAA